AUGCAAAAGCGCGCGCGCGCCGAAAGCAGCACUGCUCUGUCGGACUGUUACGACAACGUCUGUCUAGCAAAGCGCCGCGCUCCUCUGAUACCGCCUCGCCGUCUCCCGCUGUCGCCUGUCAACACUGACUUCGAUGCCCCAGGGCUUAUUCUGCCGCUCACGAGCGACAAUCUCGGCCAACACACGCUCAGCACAGCCAGCACAGCCACACAAGACUCGACGUCUGACUGCUCUUCAUAUUCGCCGCGCCUCCAAUGGGACUCGCGCGUCAAGCUCCAGGCUUUCGGUAUCAAUGUCGAUACAGGACGCGACCUGCCGGAAGAUCUGAAGAGUCAUGUGAACAACGUACUGAAGAGCAAGAGAGUCGGCCCUCGCUCACCCAACGCCCGCCUCACCAAAGAGCAUCGUCUCGCCGUCACGUACGACAAUAAGACAACGGCGAUACGUAUCCUCGAGCCGCUGUUGCUCUUCGCUGGCAAAGAUAACUCGAACGUCAGGAAUGGAGUGGCUAGGGUUUCCAGCAAGCUCGACUUCAACCUGUCCCAAGACUUCCUGCCCCCUCCGCCUCCCAACACCAACAUGGAUCCAUUGACGACGCCUCAGGCCGAUACCUGCAUCGGAUAUAUGUCUACUAUGCAGGCCAUCAGUCUCUCCAUGAGGGCCGCCUUUGCAUCCGACGAAGAAGCUGCACUCGUCGACUUCACGCUCAACCCUGAACUCCUCUUCCCUUUCCUCAGUUCACAAUGGACAUCCGCUACUGGCGAAGCGCCGGUAAUUGCCCAUUUACGGAGCGCACGCGAUGGCACUGCGAUCGUCCGCUACCUCGAGCAGUUCUACAACAUCGCCUACGAUCGACCUGCGACAACGCUCGAAUGCGCGCACAUCUCCUUCACCUGCGAUUGCCAGAUGCUCAACAUUUGGCUGCACUGGCGCGAGCUGGACCAUACCGGCGUCGCAACAUACUACAUGCAGAGCAUCUACGACUGCACCUUGCGUCAUGAGGCGGCCCUUCUCGAAGCGCGAGAGCUGCUAUGGAACCAUGUCGACUAUGCGCUGGACGGCCGCCUGCGCUCGUUGAAAGAAGCACUUCCUUCUUUCCGCAUUCAUUUUGCUAAACGCAACUCCAAGAAUUUCAGAACCCCCACCUCCUCCAGAGCUUCUGCUCGUUCCAACUUCAGUACCAUCAAUAACUCCGCCUUGGACUCCGUGUCACCCACGCCCUCAUCGCGACCUGACAAGCUCGGUUCGACUAAGCGGCCUAUCAAGCGGCCACACAUAGACGGAAAUGUUGAAGGUUGA